ACUCAACUACUCCCCUGCUUUUUGAGACAAGUACCUGAACUCGUGUUGUUUUUUAAAACCAUUCAUUCAUUGAUUUUGUUGAGUGAACUGCAUGACUUCUGAGAGAAAGAAAAGCCGUCUCUCAAACGAGUUAAAAUGCUGUUAUCAACAAAGACCCCCAGGGCCCUGGCGGCCAUCUUUGAGAGUCCCAGUGAUGACGAGGACUUCCUGGGUUUCGCCGUGCCAGUGCUGAGUGACAGCGAGUCAGACAGCCUAGCCUCUGAGGACUCUGGGAAGCCGGCCAUGUCUUUCAGGUCAAAGUUUGUGACCUCGGAGUUGAUUAGUCUGUUUAGCCAUUCUGACAAUGAAGGGGAGGAGUUUGAGGGCUUCAGUGAGGAAGAGGAGGAGAAGAGGGGUUCCAGAAGCAGGACGAAGGCUAUGUGCAUAGCGGAGGAGAGUGAUGAGGACACAGGGUUCUACUCUGAGGGGGAGGAGCCAGACACACACAAGAGGAAGAGUCUCUGUGUUGCCUUCAGGUUUCCCACAAAAAGACUCUCUGCCCAGAAAGGGGAGGCGCCAAUCAACGCCGCCCCUCCGGAGAGGAGAACCAAUGAGAGGCUGCAUCUAAAAAGGGGUUUGUCUCAGGAGUCCAGUGGGACGGAGACACAGGGUCAGAAACCGCCCCCCAAAAAAGGGACGGUAGGAAAAGAGAAGAUUGAGGUCGAGUCUCGGGUUCUAAAUAAACGAGCCAAGAACAUCCAGGAGAACAAAGCCAUGUUGGCCAAGCUGUUUGCUGACCUGACCAACAUGUCUGAAACCUCGUCUCCUACCAAGAAGAGGCGUGUGAGUGAGAAGCCGCCCCCUCGUAGACGAGGUGUGUGUGAGGGCAGCGAGAGGAGGAACCCAUCGCGUGCGGCCAGACCGCCAGAGAAGUUCGGGGUGGAGGAGAGCGGUACCUCCCCUUCACGACACCACAGAUCCGUGAGGACGAUAGACGUCGGGAAACUACUGGAGGUGGACGAGCUGGGUAGAAGCGGGAAGAAGAGGAGGGUGAGCAGCGGGAGGAAGAGGAGAAUUACCCAUGUGAGAUCAGUGGAUGAAAUCACAGAGGAAGAGCUGGACAACGUGGCGCAACGCGCCAAAGACAAGAUACUGGACAAGGACCACGGCAGCACGUGUCACCAGUGCAGACAAAAAACUCUGGACACCAAGACGGUCUGUCGUAGUGGAGUGUGUAUAGGGGGCAAAGGUCAGUUCUGUGGGCCCUGUCUGAGGAACCGCUACGGAGAGGACGUACACACGGCUCUACUAGACCCGGACUGGGAGUGUCCUCUGUGUAGAGGUAUCUGUAACUGCAGUCUGUGUCGACGGAGAGAAGGACGCUGUGCAACCGGACAACUGGUCCAUUUGGCUCAACACAAGGGCCACAGCAACGUCCAAGAUUACCUGGAGAGCAUCCAGAAAGAUCUUAGAGCCUAGAGACAAGCAGACAGCGCCCCCGUUGGUCAGAACUGAGAAUUACACCCAACAGUAAUAAUCUCUCCUUUCUCCUGAAGUGUACACUCGUUCCCUUCUUCCCACCAAUCUGAAAGUAUUGGAUUGGAGGAGACAUGGGCUAAAAGAGGUUUCACCGUAUUUCUUACCCCAGUCAUUCCCUAAUAAAUGAAUAAAUGGAAGUGAACAAGUGCACACAUUGGAAGGAAGGUGAGAUAAUUAGGUCGUCGUCACACUGACGCACAUUGUCCUGCUUUAAUACCGUCACGGUUCAGACUAGAACUCCGGGUGUUCCUCAACCUCUGCCACAGGUCCCUCUGACACCUUAUUUCAUCACAGUCAUGUUCAGUGGGCACACGACGAUUUGAAACGGAAGGUAGUACCUGACAUUCUGCAGGAAGAACUGUAAUAAGUAAUAUCAUAUGUUAUUCAGUAUUUAUUUGGACAGUGAAGCAGAAAGAUUUGAUUUAUGUCUAUCCACCAUUUUGGAUUUGAGAUCAAAUGUUUUAUGAGGUGGGGUGGGCGGCAGAGUAGCCUAGUGGUUAGAGCGUUGGACUAGUAACCGUAAUCUAUACUAUACGGGAACAGAAUUGUUAUUUUAAAAUUAUGGGAACUGGUUCAUAAAUGUUCUGGGCAUUUUUUUUUUUCAGUCCCACAAAAAAAUGUAAAAGCUCCUUUGCAAAAUCCCACCCUCUGUCAAUCAAACUUCAUCCAGCGUCUGCCUGCCAGCUGAAAAUCAUUUCCUAUGCGUGUGCAUGUAGUCUACCAAGAAUGCCUUAAUAGCUUUUAAGAAAAGAUAAGAGUAACAAAUAAUUAAACAGCAGCAGUAUAAUAACAGUAGCGAGGCUAUGUACAGGGAGUACCAGUACAGAGUCAAUGUGGAGGCUAUGUACAGGGGGUACCAGUACAGAGUCAAUGUGGAGGCUAUAUACAGGGGGUACCAGUACAGAGUCAAUGUGGAGGCUAUAUACAGGGAGUACCAGUACAGAGUCAAUGUGGAGGCUAUAUACAGGGGGUACCAGUACAGAGUCAAUGUGGAGGCUAUAUACAGGGAGUACCAGUACAGAGUCAAUGUGGAGGCUAUAUACAGGGAGUACCAGUACAGAGUCAAUGUGGAGGCUAUAUACAGGGAGUACCAGUACAGAGUCAAUGUGGAGGCUAUAUACAGGGGGUACCGGUACCAAGUCAAUGUGGAGGCUAUAUACAGGGAGUACCAGUACAGAGUCAAUGUGGAGGCUAUAUACAGGGGGUACCAGUACAGAGUCAAUGUGGAGGCUAUAUACAGGGGGUACCGGUACAGAGCCAAUGUGGAGGCUAUAUACAGGGGGUACCAGUACAGAGUCAAUGUGGAGGCCAUAUACAGGGGGUACCAGUACAGGGUCAAUGUGGAGGCUAUAUACAGGGGGUACCAGUACAGGGUCAAUGUGGAGGCUAUAUACAGGGGGUACCAGUACAGGGUCAAUGUGGAGGCUAUAUACAGAGGGUACGGAGUCUAUGUGGAGGCUAUAUACAGGGGGUACGGAGUCUAUGUGGAGGCUAUAUACGGGGGGUACCGGUACAGAGUCUAGUCGAGGUAAUUGAGGUAAUAUGUACAUGUAGGUAGAGUUAUUAAAGUGACCACGAGUAGAUUAUAUAAAGAGAGUAGCAGCAAUGUAAAAGGGGUCUGGGUAGCCCUUUGAUUAGCUGUUCAGGAGUCUUAUAGCUUGGGGGGUAGAAGCUGUUAAAAGAGCCUUUUGGACCUUGACUUGACGCUCCGGUACCGCUUGCCGUGCGGUAGUAGAGCGAACAGUCCUUGACUAGGGUGGCUGGAGUCUUUGACCAUUUUUAGGGUCUUCCUCUGACACCGCCUGGUAUAGAGGUCCUGGAUGGCAGGAAGCUUUGCCCCAGUGAUGUACUGGGCCGUACGCACUACCCUCUGUAGUGCCUUGCGGUCGGAGGCAGAGCAGUUUCCAUACCAGGCAGUGAUGCAACCAGGAGACUCUCGAUGGUGCAGCUGUAGAACCUUUUGAGGAUCUGAGGACCCAUGCCACAUCUUUUCAGUGUCCUGAGGGGGAAUAGACUUUGUCGUGCCCUCUUCACGACUGCCUUAGUGUGUUUGGACCAUGAUAGUUUGUUGGUGAUGUAAACACCAAGGAACUUGGAGUUCUCAACCUGCUCCACUACAGCCCCGCCGAUGAUCGUAAAACGGCAGCCAUCUCCUGUGGCGCCAUUAGCCAUGUGGCGCCAUUAGCCAUGUGGCGCCAUUAGCCAUGUGGCGCCAUUAGCCAUGUGGCGCCAUUAGCCAUGUGGCGCCAUUAGCCAUGUGGCGCCGAAGAAGAUGGCUGUAUAGCAUCUCGAGUCCUACUCUUGUCUGGCCAUCACACAUGUAAACAACUUUAGCUUGCCCCACUCUAUAGCAAGCUGCUCUAGCCACAGUUAGUUUGGGUCGAACCGGUUCAGAACUUUAUUUUGCUGGUUGUAAAAAAAUAUAUAUAUAUUAUGGAUCUGUUCAGAACGGAACUAUUGGAAAUGUAAACUUUAAUUUAAGGGUAUUUUCAUACAUAUCUGUUUUUACUGUUUUUAAAAAUGAAAGCACUUUAUGUAUCCAGUCCCCAUUUUGAAGGUGUCAUAAGUAUUUGGACAAAGUCACUUAAUUGUAUUAAAGUAGUCAAGUUUAGUAUGUGGUUUCAUAUUCCUAGCACACAAUGACUACGUCUAGCUUGUCGCUCUACAAACGUUUGUAGUUUGUUUUUGUUGUGUUUUGAGAUUGUUGUGCCCAAUAGAAAUGAAUGGUAGAGGUAUAAAUAUCAUAAUGCUAAACUCACCCGUUAUUGGUGAUAGUGAGAGGUUAGCAUAUCUUAGGGGGGUAAUUAUCUUUGUUCCUCUUAACUUUCUCACUCAUCGUUGUUCACGAUUUUAAUUCAUGAUUAUGCGUAAUCGUGGUAGCGUCCACAUUAAUGUAGUGUUCAGAAAUGUAUUCUAUUCUUAUUUACAAUAAAAGUGACUCCAAAAUGACGCAAUACCUUAUUUAACAUUUGAUCUCAAAUCUCAAAAUGCUGGAGUAUAGAGCCAAAUUAAAGGUUUUUAGCUACACUGUCCAAAUAAAUAUGUACGGGAGUGUAUAUUUACCAUUUGCAGAAUGUUUUGCUAUGGUGUGCCCUACUGAACACAACCCAGGAAAACCAUAACUUGUUGAACACUGCUACUAAAAAGGUUGAGUGACACGGAUGGAGAUAUGUGGUUCAGCAUUUUGACAAGCAGCUCAAUUCUGGUCUUUUGACCAAUCAGAUCAGCUCUUAAAAAUAUUUAGCGAAAAGAUCAAAUGUGAUUGGUCAGAACACCACCAGAGGGGGUCAGAAUUGUUCUGGCUGUCUAAAUGCAACCUUACUACUUGUUUGUUUUUAUGUAUGGUGACUUUUGAUGUUGAUGGGCUACUUUUCUACGUGGGUUAAGACAAUGCUGUUGCUUGUACCAUCCAUGGACAACAGAUGUUGUAAAAUAGUCAUGAAAGGUUGAAGUUCUUUAAAAAAAAAAAAUGUAAUCAUAUUUUUAUGCAACAACAGUCAGGCAGUGGAGGCAAACUUUAUAUUAGAUGUGGGAUGAAGCGGAGGGUAAAAAACAAACUUUUAAAUUGCCUACAUUUUAUUUGGAAAAUAACGUUUACACAGGUAUUAUUACGCUAAAUUAGCAUAGUUAGUGUUUACGUCACUGGAGAGUUUACCCACCUAUUUUACCACUACGUCCCUGAUGGUAAGACCUUUCACAGAGUUAGUGUCUCCUAAAUUACUCAAACGUGAAUAUAGACCAUAGCCGAUACAAGUGGAUACCUUUGGCGUGUACUGUUUUUAAUACACUUUGUUAUAAAUAUAGGUUUUAACACAGUGGACACUUUGAAUCUGAAUAAAGAACUGAAGUUAUGUUUA